AACGAGCCUAUCCAAACCAUGCGUGCUUCGAUUUUGUCACUUGUCGCUCUCGUCUCGGCGGCGAUGCAUUUCCAGGGCUCUGGCGAAUUUGUUGGCGCCAUUGCUCCUCGCUCUUCCCUUGGUGUUCCUUCGGGCAGCUCUGGCCCCUCCGUGUUUGGAAUGCCGCGAGGUGGAGCCUUCGCUGUUUCGACGAAGGGCGCCAAAGUUGCGCCUCCCUCGUCCGAGAUCGCGAGGGGUGGACAACAGGCUUCCUCCAUCAAGGAAAACAUUUUCAAGAGGAUCAUCAAGAGGAAGAUCGAUGAGCUCAUCGAAUCUGGCCAGGCUGGAUGGGUGGUAUCCUUUGCCCUUUCCAUCAUCUACCUAGUUUUGUUCUUCCAGGACGGAGGUGCCAGUACCAAUGCCUGCACCUACAGCUCGGCUGGCUUCUGUGUUACGAACUUUGACGGGGCCGACUGCCCGAUCAUGAAUUCGCACACCUGGGCUUUCGCUGUGGACAUGGUCUUUUUGGUUGCUUGCUUCCUUGUUCCAUCGGACAGAACCACACUCUAUAAAGCCGCUCUCGCCUUUGGCGCGGUUGGCAGUCACGGUGCCCUUCACGCACUUCUCGGAAUUUUUGUGAACUGCACGUCAGAUCCAUUCCCCGGUGCCGAAACUAUUUUUGGCGCGUUCGGAGCCCUUAUUUCGUUCCUUAUUCUCUUCUCUACCACGGAAUUGGACAACAUGAUAAAGCUUGUGAUCAGCGCCGUGUCCGGAUACUUGACCGUUCUCCUUUCGGAGGGUGGCGCCGGGGUGUCGUCGAUUUUCCUCAUCACCCAGCUCCUAGCUUCUGGUGCGGGAAUCUUCGACACAGAGGGUAAAUUGACGACUCCCCUCAUGGGAUACACCUUCAUCGCUCCCUGCCUCGUGAGCAUCAUCGAGUUGCUGUUCUGCUGCGAUCCGGCCACAGGCGGUCCCGGCCUGUUCAACCAGUACGGCGGCCACGUCUGGUACGACAUCGCCCUGCACACUUCUCUCCUUACCUCGUUGCUGCCCAGAAAAGACGAGUAAAGCCAGGAUUCGAUCCCGAUGUGAGUUGAGAUGGUGCUGGAAUCGAUGGUUUCGAGGCGAGCUGCGUGAAACAAAACAUAUUCAAUUGC